CGGAGCGGGACCGGGGCCUGCGGCGGGCCGGGGCGGAGCCGCCGGGGCCGGGGCCGGGGCCGGGGCCGGGGCCAUGCCGGCGGUGCUGGGCGCCGCCUGGGCCCUGCUGGCCGCCGCCUUCCUGGCGGCGCUGCUGCUCCUGCGGCGCGGGGGGGGCCCGGCCUGGCAGCCCGGCGGCGGCGGCGGCGGCGUCUCCGGCCUCUUCCAGGAUCUCAUUCGCUACGGGAAGACGAAGGGCGGCUGCGGGCAGCGCCCGGCCUGGCUGCGCCUCCUGCAGGUGCCCAAGAGGUGGUUUACUCACUUUUAUGUAGUUUCUGUGCUCUGGAAUGGCUUUCUGCUGAUCUGGCUUUUCCGAGCUGAGUUCCUUGGAGGGUCGCUCCCAUCAUGGAUUCAGCAUGUGCACCAUGCUCUUGGCAGAGAUUCUCAGAGUGGGGACGUGGGCAAUGAGCACUUCUCUGUGCUCCUGGUUCUCCUGCUGCUUUGGCUGCAUAGCUGUCGAAGACUUGCAGAAUGCCUCUGGACCAGCGUGUUUUCUAAUGGCGUCAUUCAUAUUGUACAGUAUUGCUUUGGACUUGGUUACUACAUUGCUGUUGGCUCAACUCUGCUAUGUCAAGUGCCUGCUAACGUUAGGAAUGGAAAAGAGCUUUCUGUGCAGAUCUGCUGGUAUCACAUUGUAGGAGUUGUGAUAUACAUUUGGGCCUCUCUUCAUCAACACAGAUGCCUUGUGAUUCUAGCUAAUCUUAGAAAAAGUAAAUCAGGAAAGGUUCUAAGUCUGAGCCACAGUGUACCUUUUGGAGACUGGUUUGAGAGAGUUUCUUGCCCGCAUUAUUUUGCAGAGCUCCUCAUUUAUGUGUCUAUGGCCGUCAUGCUUGGAUUUCACAAUGUGACAUGGUGGUGUGUAGUGAUGUAUGUUCUUUUUAACCAGGCGCUGGCUGCUGUUCUGUGUCACGAGUUCUACCAGAAAAAUUUUAGUUCCUACCCAAAGCAUCGAAAAGCAUUUAUACCAUUUGUUUUUUAGAAUAUUUCUUCUACAGUGUCUUUAGUGCAAAUUUGGAAAUGUUUUCUAUAAGGGAAUAAGAGAUUUACAGUUUGUUAAAGCCAAGGUAAAAUCGCACAUUAAUUCUAGUUUAAAAGCUUAUAAUUUUAAUGAUAAUGUCAUCAUGCUACCAAUUUAUGUGGGCAAAUGUAAGGUCUCUGCACAUCAUACAAGCUAAAGAAUGGUUUACUGUAGAGCUUAAUUCAAACUGAAAGGAUGCUAACUGGCUCUUUUCUGUUUUAUAAUUAUAUCUUGUGCAUAAAACACUUGCUGUUGUGCAGCAAGCCCAAAUACCUACACAUGAAAACUGUGUAGUGAGAGUACAGGGACUCAUUUGAACUACAGUAUUUCAUGCCUUGUCUAAUAUUUAAGCACAUUUUUUUCCUAGUUUCUUUUCUUUGAAUUGCUUCAGAGGGAGGCAAAUUGUGUAUUGUCUUUCUGUGCUUCCCUGUUGGUAAUUGAAACCAGCCCCUGCUUUAUAACUGCAAGCACAAAAACUGGUGGAGAAAGCUGUGGGGGAGGAAUGACUCAUGCUCAGCAGUGGAGAUAAACAGACCCAUUCUCUGCAUUAUCUCUUCUGCACCGAAGUGUUUCAUUCAUUGAGGAGAACUCCUUGUUUAUCCCUAAACUGGGAAAAUCAUGGAAGGCUCUCUGUCUAGGGAGACAGUAGAAGAGAAUUUGCAGAAAAUUAACGUCUUCAGUUAUGGUAUGUCGUCCUUAUAGUGGGUUAUUGGAAUCCCUCACAUGUUAGAGGGGGCAGUUACACAGGAUGGCCAUAUCCACAACUACACUGGUUGUUAAACAGCCCGUGAGAGCAGAUGCCGAGGUGGAUAAUGCGUGGAAUCCAGUACCUGACACGAGUUGCAAAGAAGUUCUGUCCUGGGGAGGUGAUGUCACUUGGCACGGCAGGGCAGGGGGUUGCAACUUGCCCUUAAAUAUUUUGGUACUUUUCAUGAUACUGGAGUGAGUGAUCAGUUUGCGUGAUGUAGCAUGUGGAUGCAGGUGUUUCAGCAAGUUUUCUACUUACCGGCGUGUAUUAUUUUGUAUAUGAGAGGAAUUUUUACAUACUGGAGCAUAUCUUAAGAAUUAUCUAAUUAAAAAAACGUUUAUUAUACCUA